AUGACAAGCUGCUAUACUUUUUUAGGUGUUUCUGGAAGUACCGAUGAUGCUUUAAGUAUACUAUAUGGAGUAACACGUGAUCCAACUGCUGACACACUCUAUAUAUCAGAUACAGGCAAUCAUCGUAUAAUGCGUUAUCUUUCAGGUGCUUCAUCGGGAACUGUUGGUGUAGGUGGGAAUGGAGCUGGAUUCAGUAUAACACAAUUGUCAAACCCAAUAGGUCUAUGUUUUGAUUCAACAACCAAUAGCCUUUUAAUUGCUAAUUAUGGUGCUAAUAAUAUUGUUCGUUGGAUAAUAGGUGCUCAGAAUUGGACAUUUGUUGCUGGUAUUAAAAAUGGAUCAAGUGGCACUACAUCAAAUGAACUUAAUCAACCAACUGAUGUUACAAUAGAUCCUAUGGGUAAUAUUUAUGUUGUUGAUAUGGGUAAUAGUCGUAUACAAUUUUUUUUAUUACAACGAAUCGAGUGGUACAACUAUUGCUGGUGUGAUAAGUUCAAAUGGUAA